AUGAGUGUAAACUUCGUAGAUAAAAAUGGAAUGAACCACAUAGAAAUCAUCGAAAAAAUACUUACUCCCCCUCCUUAGUGAAUAUAACCAUUGGAAAAAUCCCUUUUUUUUUGCCUAAAAAUAUACCCUUUGUGAGCGAACAUAAAUUUUUAAGAAAAAAAUAUUCGAUAUAUAAGUGAUAAUUAGCAUAAUGAAAUCUCCUGCUAAUUCUGUUUAAUUUUAACAGAUUACAUUUUAAAACAUAAAUUUUACAAAUUAAAUGAAUAUUUGAUUUCCAGUUUUUACGAAUUGGGAUUUUUUUUAAAUUACGAAAAAAAAAUUAACUAUAAAAUUUAAUAUAUAAAUUUUUAAAAAAAACUAGACAAUUUUUUGUUCGUUCACGAAGGAAGGAGCUAAAGAAAACCUAAAAUGGGUAUUUUUUGAUGAAUUUGUGGUGGACGUUUCUGGAUUUAUGCAAAAUCAUCCUGGCGGAGAUUACAUGCUGCGAGAAGUAAUAGGAGAAGAUGUGGGGAAAUAUAUAAAUGGAUGCUCAAGCAUUGGAGAUGGAGUUCUACCAUAUGGGCAUACUCAAAUAGCAAGAAAUUUGCUUACUCCCCCCCCUCCGUUAGUGAAUAAAAAAAUUUUGUUCACUCACGGAGGGGGGUAAUUUUUUUUUUUUUUAAAACAAUUUAUAAAAAAUAUUUUUUGUCGAAAUUUUAAAAAAAUCUAAUUCGCAAAAAUUGGAAAGCAAAUAUUAUAAAAUUUAUGUUUUAAAAAGCAAUUAUUUUAAAUUAAACAGAAUUAGCUCUAGAUUUCAUUAUACUAAUUAUCAUUUAAUAUCAAAUUUUUUUUCCAUAAAAAAUUUUUGUAUUAAAAAAAAUUUUUGUUCACUCACGGAGGGUGGGUUUUUUGGGCAAAAAAUAGGGAUUUUUCUAAUGGUUUUGUUCACUCACGGAGGGGGGGGAGUUAAUAUUUUGGUAGUUGGAAAGAUUGGCCAAACAAAUGACUAUAUUUUGAAUAAAGAUGGGAUAACUGAUGAUACUUGAAAUAUGAACUGAAAAAUAGCAAAGAGAUAUAAUCUUUCCUCGACGACCCAAUCCAUAGAAUUCAAAUCACAUAAAUGGGCUGUUAGAGAAUCUCCAAGAGGAUUUGAAUGGAUUGGAAAGCAUUUCAGAGAUAGAGCAGUUAUUGGAUCCAGAGUAGUUAAAAGAUACUAUAGCUUGCUAGCUGCGAAUUUAUAUGAUUGGCAUAAGCAAGUUCAAACUUAA